AUGCCUUCUCCUCCCCCUCCUCCUGCUCCUCCCCCUCCCAAAACCCCGACCAAGCGCAAGACUCGGUCUUCGAAGGACGACGAUUCCGGGUCUCCGUCGAAGAAGGCAGGGAGAAAGCCCGCGACCGGCAUCGAGCACGAUGCAAAGUGGGGAUACAUCCGUGUCGACAAUUGGACCGGGCCCGAGAUCGCCGAGGUGUACGCGAUCCAAAAGAAGAAGGACAAGUUGAAAGGCUGGCUCCCGCAGCAGUUCGAGGCGGCUUGGAAGGGAGGGAAGGUGGACGAGUUCAACGGGAUGUUGGCUCGUUACGCCGGUAACUGGCAGUGGUGCUGCCAACACUGUUACGACGACAUCCCUCACAAGGAUGUUACCCCCGACGACUAUACCACCUGGGAUCCUUACGAGUCCGUCUUCUUCGACCACGUUCGCUUUCAAGGGAUGGCGCUUUGUCGCCACGUCGUUCCCCGUCCCGGUCAGAGUGGGAACCUCCAGAAGUCGUGCUGGUAUUGUUCCGGCGGGAAAGGUGGGUGUACCCCCAUCUCCCACAAGAUUCAGGUCCUCUUUGACAGGGCCCAGCCCGUCGAGCACCGGAUCUCCGCGGGAUUGGAGGUGCAGAAGACCCACAAGAUGGGCGCCAGGACCCGGGAGGAUCUUUACCGGGAGACGAGUAGGCUCUUCGAGCAAAUCGUCGUUCCUUCCUUGAACCGCCACAGCGGUUUCUCCGUCGAGGCCGAGCGUGGUGCGCUCCGGAAGAAGAUCGCCGCCGUUGUCAUCGCCGGUGCGCAGGCGGAGAACUUCAGUCCCUUCGAGGCCGCCCGCAAGGAGAUGAACGAGUGGAAGGGGGGUGUCUAUGAGCCCUACCCCGAGCCUGAGGAGCUGGAGGACGACGCGAUGAAUCUUGUUACGGUCGUGCCUAGCGCUAGCAAAGGUGUAGCCUAG